UUAGCUUCACUAGCAUCCAGCAGUUUCCUCACACUGAUCGGAACAAUGGCCUGUUCUUAUACGGCCGGAGCAUCGGGCCGUGUAGGAAUUCGAGAGGAACUUUCGAUCCUUCGGUGCAGGAGAUGCAGAAGAUGUGUUUUAGACUCGACAUGCCUGCUUUCUGGAUUAGAUGAUUUGAUGGCCGAAUGUACGGUGUGGCACGUGGAUCAUGAUGCAUCACCUGACUGGAUCCUGACAGUUAUAGAUCAGGUGCACUGGACAGUAGGGAAACUGAACUGUCAGCACUGUGGAGCUCGUCUGGGAGGUUUCAAUUUUCUCAACCGUUCCAAAUGCCCCUGCGGACGCGAUACGAGCGUGCAUCUUAGCAAAAGCAGAGUCGAUCUGGGUUUCAAGCGUCCCGUCCACCCGAGCAGACCGGGCGUGGCUGCUGGACGUGCAGAGUGUAAAGACAAAGUGCUCAGAGCGCCGGCAGACGAGAACUUUCCACAGACACAAGCCACUCGGUGCAGUAACCCUCCCUUAUUGCCACACGCGCCUCACAUUCCAACAGAUGAGGAACUGCAGCUUCUGAGGACGGCGGCUCCUCAGGAGUUAGGUGAAGAACCACGGAGCCACGCGUCCGUCGCGGAACAUAACGGACCCGAGCCAACAGGACGUCUGGAGAACGUAGAGAGUGGACUGAGGGCAUCGCCUCGGCGCACAGGAACGCAGGAACAGGAACCACAGAGCGAGUUCAGCUCCGGAUCAGUGCUGACGAUGACCAAGAGGGAGAAGAAUCGCAUGAAGAGCCUUAGAAGGAAGCAGAGGAAGAAAGAGCGCUGGAUGCAGAGACAGCUGGAGGAGAAGGAACAGGAUGAAGACGGGAAUCUGACGGGCAGUGACGAUGACCAGAAGGAAGGCUAUACCUGCGCCGUGUGUCUGGACGUCUACUACAAGCCGUACAUGUGCCAGCCCUGCAGCCAUGUGUUCUGUGAGCCCUGUCUGAGGACUCUGGCCAAGAACCGGUCGGACAGAACCCCCUGCCCGCUGUGCAGGACCCUCGUAUCGCACGUCCUCUUCCAAGAAGAGCUUCACCGGAGAGUCAGCACUUACUUCCCCAGAGAUUACCGCUCCAGAAAGAAGACGUUCCAGAACGCCAACUAUUCCAAAUGGCCUCUGCCCAACUGUCCAAAGCACCUGCACAUGUUAUGGGGGUUGCAUAGACCCGGAGCCUCUGCUGGACGGUGGCAGCUCGCGUUUAGAGCUUGGAUACUGGAAGGACUGGACGUGGGAAGAUGGCUGGACUGGAUUAUUACUGUUAUUAUUGUCAGCUGGGUGCUGCUCUACAUUAUCAUGUGAUAGGAUUCGGCGCUGCUACGUGGGUCAAAAUGACUUGAUUUACAUUUUUGGUGCAAUAUUAUAAUCAUGGUGUUUAUUUGAUGGAUUGAGAGAUGAUGUUGGAGUGUUUGGAGUUGAAGGUGCUUUGGUGCAAUAAAACCGCUGUUGAAAAGUGA